UUCAAAUUUUACCAUAACAAUUAAACUCUCUAACAUCACAAAUAUCACUGAUUAAAGAAAGAAAGAAAAAUAUAAAUCGAUAUGUUUUAUUCGGACCCACGUAUAGAAUCUUGUUCAUCAGAUAGUAUUAGAGCCAAUCAUUCUGAUGAGGAAGUUAUUUUAGCUUCGAAUAAUCCAAAGAAGCCAGCUGGCAGAAAGAAGUUUCGAGAAACUCGACAUCCAGUAUACAGGGGAGUCAGGAAGAGGAAUUCAGGAAAAUGGGUUUGUGAAGUUAGAGAACCAAAUAAGAAGACGAGGAUUUGGCUUGGUACUUUUCCUACUGCUGAAAUGGCGGCUAGAGCUCAUGAUGUGGCGGCUAUAGCAUUAAGAGGCCGUUCAGCUUGUUUGAAUUUUGCUGACUCUGCUUGGAGGCUGCCUACUCCAGCUUCCUCUGACACUAAGGAUAUUCAAAAGGCGGCCGCUCAGGCCGCCGAAUCGUUCCGACCUUUAAAGUCGGAGGAAGAAGAAUCGGUGGUUAAAGAUCAAUCUACUACUCCAGAUGAUAUGUUUUUUAUGGAUGAGGAAGCGUUAUUCUGCAUGCCGGGUUUACUUACGAAUAUGGCGGAAGGAUUAAUGGUACCUCCACCUCAAUGUACUGAAAUGGGAGAUCAUGUGGAAGCUGAUGAUAUGCCUUUAUGGAGCUAUUCUAUCUAAUAAGUAAGUGUAAUGAGAGGAGUACCAAUGCUAAGAGUGAAGUUUAUUAGUUUCGUGCUUAAUAUUUGGAUAUGGUACGAAUUAGUGUAUAAGUAUUGUAAUUUGUAAUGAUCAUGUAGAAAUUACUAGUAUUGCUAUAUACUAUUAUAAACAAAAUGGUUGAGGCUAAAUGAGAAUCAUUGGCCUAGACCGUGCGUAUAUAAGACUAAGUUUUUUCUGGUUUAAGCAACUGAGUGAAAAAGUAGAUUUGUGGAGUAUUUUUCAAGCCGAUUACUAUGUCAGAAUUAAUCAAAAAACGGUGUUUGUAUCA